AUGAGAGAUUAUGCUAUUAAGGGGGGAUAUGAUAUUACAAGAGUUAAAAAUGACUCUACUAGAUUAACAGCUAAGUGUUCCAGUACAGGAUGUCCCUGGAGGUUUCAUGCAUCAGUUUUGUCUGACCAAGUCACUUUCAUGGUUAAGACUCUACAUGAUGAGCACACAUGCAUAAGACCAUUAAGAAAUGAAAAUUUGAAUUCAAACACUAAGUGGAUAGUAGAAAAACUUAGGGAAAAGCUGAGGGCAGACCCUGACAUGAGUUAUGAACUCAUGCAGCAUGAGUUGAUGGGAAAAUGGGGUGUGGAAGUUCCUGUGUGGCAAUUAUAUAGAGCUAAGUGCAAGGCUAGAGAUGAGAACAUGGGCAUGCAUUGUGAAAGUUUCCAAAAACUUAAGAAAUAUGUCCAUUAUUUGCAAACAUAUAACCCGGGUACAGUUGUAAAAAUUCAGCCAGCUCCAAGGGUUAAUGAAGAUGAUCCUUUUGUUUUUCAAAGAAUAUGGAUUAUGUUUGAUGCUAUAAAGUCUGGGUUUGAGAAUGGUUGUAGACCCUUUAUAGGAUUAGAUGGUUGCCACUUGAAGGGUCCAUAUGGAGGGAUUUUCCUAGUUGCAGUCAUACUGGAUGGAAAUAGAGGUGUGCUACCUCUUGCAUUUUCUAUAGUUGAAGCAGAAUGUGGUGAUAGCUGGACAUUUUUCCUAGAGAAUCUUUAUUCUUGCAUUGGUGGAGGAACUGAUGCUAGGCCUUUAACUAUUAUGUUAGAUAGGCAAAAGGUAUGA